AGCCACUCUAGAUGUCUGAAGAGUCAUUGCUAUUUCCUCAGAAUAGGAUGAAUCUGUUCUGGGAGAAAACAGGACUCGGAAGAGAAGCUGGGUGCUCAAGUGCUCCAUUAGAAUUCGCGUGUUUGGCGGAGUAAUUUCUCAACUCUGUCGACUACUCCACCAAACCGCCGAGCGCUCCGAGUUAGAACGGGUAACGGCGCUCUUUCGGUUCGGCGUUCUCGGCGUGAGAGGCUAUCGCGCUGAAGCAAUCACGCAAUGCGGGGCGAGGCAGCUCGUACGGACGUCUGUGGCACAGCAAAACACAUGGUUUUUGUUUCGGAGGGCGCUUUCGUAGGGGUAACGCCACCCUGCUACAGCCUAUGUACGCUAUAAAUUACCGAUUUCAGCGUCCUCUGCGCCUUCACAGACAACACAUUCUACACCUCCAAGACUCAGAUCCUACUCGAAAGAUGCGAAUCGCUCGUUCGCUAUUCACCCUCGCCGUCAUCGGCGUCAUAUCUUCUGUCGUCAUAGCUGUGAAGAAGGAUCGAUGGGAUCCUCUCACUGAUAAGGACCAAGCAUCGACUUCACGCCUGGAAGUAGAUGGGGAAGAAAGGCAUGAGACCUUAGGAACAGUCAACUUCAUACAGAGUCGAAACAAUCCAGUGGCCUGGCUUAAGGCACUGCUGUCCAAGGUCGUCUAUUACGAGCGGCACCUUAAGAUGAUAUCUUCGCGCGCCUCAAGAGAAGACGAGAGAUUGGAAAAAAUCAUAGUUAAGCAGCCCUGGAGCCAACACCUCAUCCGAAAGCAACUGGAGGUACAUAACAAGAACGAAGUAGCCAAGCGUAGGCUGAAGAAAAUUCCGAAAGAAAAGAAAAUGAUCAAGAAUCUCCUCAAGGAUGUCAAGGCCGCAUUGCCUGUCGCCAGACGCAGGAGGGCCCGCACAAGAACGAGAAGGAGACAGAGAUGAGCAUGCGGAGGGGAGCAAUAAACGUUUCACAAGCUGAAUGUAUUGUACGGGCAGCUCCUUAGCCCUACGCUACUGUCUCGACGAC